CGGGGUUGUCUGGAUUGGGCCAACAGAGUACUUCUUGGGCUGGUCCCUCUCCACCUUACCGACCAGGGGAUAAACUGCCUAACUCAUCACCUCAUCAGCAGCCCUUCAGCCCAGCAGGAAAUAUUCAGAGCCCCCAGAGUUCUCUAAUCUCUAGCAUGGCUCCAGCCCCAUCCACCGGACCAUCACCACCCUACAGGCCAGAAAAGCUAGCCAGCCCAGCAAUUGCUCAGCCCCCUUUCAGCCCCCAGAACAGCAUUCUGUCUGGAAAUGCCCCACCAGGAGUUUCCUGCACUUCAAUCCAAGGUUCUCAGGCAAGUUAUCUUCCUGGUGUUGCCCCAACAUCAAACAACACUCGACCAUCACCUCCUUACCGACCAGAUAAACACCCCAGUCCAGCUGGGCAAUGCCAACCAGGAACGCAACCUCCCACACAAGGACAUCUUUUCAACUCGCAAAAUAAUCAAGCACCUGCAAUGUCUAGUCAGCUGUUCAAGGCCAUCACAUCCAACCAGCCACCCAGUAGCCUCAAGCUCCUAAUGCAGGCACAGGGAAAACCCUCGCAGCUGCAACUAAACAAGACCACCACAGCUGGUAUGGGUCCAGAACCACACUCUUUCAACAACACCAAGCCGUUACGACAUUUUGACCCCAAUCCCUCUGUGGCCAAGCUGGGUCCUCUGGCUGUGGGAGGAUACCGCAAUGCUAGCAUGCAACCCAUGGUGCCCACCUCAGCCACAGGACAUGGGCAUCUUCUCCCACAGCGCAUGCAAAGGGGGAUGCCUGCUGGUGGUAUUGUGCCUCACUGCAGAGAUACACCCUGUGGAGAGAGUGAUGAAGGAGAAUACAGGAGAAUACAGAAGAGGGAGAAAAUGACGAGGAGGGAGAGGGAAAAAAAGAGGGUGGUGGCGUAA